UGGACUAUCUCUGCAUAGUCUUUGGAUAUACAAGAAUGAGUGGCGUUUCUGGUUUUGUUUAUUGAGAAGCCGGUAGUGUUGUUUGUAUGCUCUGAAAUAAGCUGCACGGACGGUGACAUUUAUUAUGGAGGAAGAAAUUGAUGAUAUAUGCCGUCUUUUCGGCAUCUUGUCGAUUGAUGUCAAUCGACGACACACCCUGAAGGAGAUAUUAAAUUUAGUUGGAAGCGUCAGGAAAGAAACACUGCAACGUGUUGAAGUGGAAAUACAGUUGCCACGCUUGUUUGACUGUCUGAAUACAUCGGACGAGGAAGAAAUCAAGUUGUCUUGUGCAAUUUUGGAUAAAAUUUUACCUGAUAUGAAUCCAGAAAUUGUGUUCACUCGUUGUUUGCCGUGCUUACAAAGAGCGCAGAAUCAUCCAAUGAACGAAGUUAGAUCCAUUGUUUUGAAAGUCCUUCUGAAAGCAGUGGAAUUCGAGAGCCUGUUGCCAGUGAUCUGUGAGCAAGGCUUAUUGGCAAACUCAGUUACGUGUCUGUUUACAAACGACCUGCACCUCACAAAACUUGCAUCGGAAUUUAUAAUAAAAAUGUCUAAGAAUCCAAUGACAAUGAAGACUGUUUUAUCUGGACAACCUUUGAGUUAUAUGCAGACAUCUAAAGCAAUGAAUUCAGAAUUCUCAUUCAGAGUUUAUGAGGUGAUCGUGGGAAUUGCUUUAACAUCUGAAGAAGGUUUCGUGGAGUGUGUAAUGUGUGGUCUAUUACCAGAACUGAUCACUGAAGUUAAACAAGAGGAUCCCCUGAUGCAAUUAAAUGCAUUAGACCUCAUCGGAAAACUUGCUGAAACAAGUUAUGGAUUUAAAUACCUUGAAACUGAAGGAGUUAUAAUAUACAUUUGUUCUAAAUUUACGCAAAUGUACACUGAUCCAUCACUUUCUUUGUUGUUGCCAGGAUACAUCAAGUUCUGCGGAACCCUAGCUCAUGCACAUCCUAUAGAGAUGGCCACUCUGCAUCCAGAUAUUAUACAUUUUAUGGUUGGGACAAUUGUGACUGAUGCAACUGAUCCAGUCUCUUUGAUUGUCUUAUUAGAAACGUUAGCAUACAUUGCAUCAUCACCAGAAGGGAAAAAAAUUCUUCAUUCUUUGGGUGAUGCAAUACCCAGAUUGAUGGCAAAUUUUGAAGAGUAUAUGAGAUACCUUCCAUCAGAGUUGAAAGAGAGAGCUAUGAGUGCAUUUGGAGGCAUCUUAAGACUGCAGCCUGAAGAGCAGACAGAAGAAUUGCUGCAUGUGACAAAUCACUGGUUUUCCAGGAUACAUGCAACUCCAUUGGAUUUAAUUAUUGCAUACUGUUACCAGCCAUUUCCUGACGUGCAGUUGGCAGGUCUCAAGCUCAUACAAGUUAUUGCAGAACAGCCAUGGGGAGUCCAGGAAAUCAAUAAACAAAUUGGGCUGAUUGAGUUCCUGUUAGACAGAAAGAGGGCCAGUAGUAAGGAAAGUAGAGAAAUAAAGUAUGAAAUUAUACGGUCUCUACUUCAUUCACAUAUAGCUGAGUCUGUAUUCAGCCCAAACAUAUUGUCUCAAAUGAGAGAGUACGUAAAUCGUGGACCAUUCUAUAUUGAAGCUAGUACAGAAGUUGCUGUUGAAGAGAAGGCAAAUUAACUGCAGUACAUGGUACCCAGGAGAACUGAAGACUGAGUAGCUGUUGGUAUUAAAAUAUCACAAUGUUAUGUUGUUGUUUCUGUAUGUUUCAGUAAUUUGUGGACCUUGUGAAUCACAACCAAAGUAAUGUUCAGUAUAGCAGCAUUUUAUAAAAUUUGUUUAUUUAAUUCACCCAUUAACAUAUUGACAUGUUUUUAGAAAUUUUGCUCCAAAAGCAGUGUUUUUUAUUUAUGAAAAAGUCCUUAAUGAGUGACAUUACAUACAGAUAUAUAAGGAUAGCUUUUAAAACUCAAAACUCUGUCAAAAUAACAAAAUCUAGACUACUCAGGACUUUAUGUUAGAGGUAUAUUUCCGCCAAAAAAAUAUUAAGUUAUUGCUGUUUGUUCUUCAUGUAGUACUCAGUCUUAAAAGAUAUUGGAUAUGUUUUCUUUUUAAAUGAUUUGUGUGUUGGCUUUAUUUUUAGUCAUGAAAUCUGAGACAUUUGUAAUGGCUGUGGAAAUCUAAUUUCAAUGAUAUUUACUGUUUUGAACGUUUCAGCUAAGAAGAAAGAGGAGUUGUUUUCUUAAUACUAGAUUCUUGUUUCAUGAAACUGUUAACUGUUACAUAUAUCUACCAAUAAAUGUUUUUAUUUUGAAUUAA